CUCCAUGUGAACCAAGAAGGUCAACUAUACCCCAUUAUCGGCCGCUCUCCUUGCUCAGACAUGACCACAAUGCUCGCUAAUAUCCAUCCUACUGCGUGUUUCCCGACGUCAACGCUGGAAGAUCAUGAUCUUUCAAUGUACUCGGUCGACUUCGAGUUUGACAAUGAAGGACACUCGUUGGGUCUCGUCGAGCCGGUGCGCAACCUCACGCUGGCCGACCUCAGCGAUAUGGACAUGGAACAGUCACUCGCGGACAUAUCUAUGACGAUAGAGCCCCUUGACAUACCCAUACUUGAGGCCGAACCCAAGGCUGCCAGCCGCCUACUGACAAGCUCGCCUCGGCCACGGUACCGACGCUCGUACUCUGAUGCCCUCCUUUCGGUUCCGCCUCGUCAAACGGAGGUCUUCCAGAGCAUUACUUGUACGCCUGGACUACGUGACACCAGUUUCGAGGAGCUACGUCUCGGAUGCUACCGCAGCAGCUUUGAUGCUACAGGCACGCUUCCAAAGCCGGUGCCUGAGUAUUCUCCUCGAGAAGCGAUUAUUCCGCCUUUGUAUGCGCCCUUCACAAGCGAAAAUGUGGCGGACCGUAGGAACGAUGAGCCGGACAUCGUAGAUAUAUCAAUGUCUCUCGAGCCAAGCCUGCUGAAAAUCUUUGAUAGGCGUCUCCAGCUUCGCGAACAUUGAGCAACGAUCUAUGCUAUUUUAGAUCUGAUUGAGCGGUAGCUCUGGAACUCUUUUCAAUGUAUCCAACCUUCAGAACUGCGCAUGCUGUGAACUGGGAACGGAUGCUUCUAUGGAGAGUAUGUUGGAAGGACAUGACUUCGUGUGUAGUUUUUCUCUGCUGUACCAUCAUCUAACCGGCUUAACGUGUUGGGUUGUAACUGCUUUCAUAUCUAUCUUAGACAAAGUGCUGUAUUUACAACUAAACAUUUGUCAUAAAUGUGUUGUUCUUUUAUUCGAGCCAUGUUCGGGAG